GAUUGAGUAAAUUGCUAACUGGAUUGAUAACUGAAUUGAAACUUAAGUCACAAUAUACUAUGUAUUGUGCUUAAGUAUUGAUUGAUUCUAGUCAUCAUAUAAAUUUAAAAAAUGAUUUUGUAUGAUUUUAGACAGAUUUUCGUGAGAUAAAUGAGUAUGAUAUAAAUUAAUAAAAAAUAAAAUGAUCUGAUAAAUUUUUAUUCGUACAUGUUAUAUGUAUAUACAAAGGGCGUUCACGAAACAGCUAACGAAGCUCCUAAUAACCUGUGAGGGAAUUUGUGCUCCAUCAUAACCAAUGACGUGGAUAUAGGUUAAGUUUUUCUCCGCUCAUGUGUAAGCAGUAGAUAUAUGCAAAUAAAUAAAAUCAGUUGUAUCGGGCAGGUUUUUCACGAAGAACAAUUUGUAAAUAAUGUUCGAAAUCACGGAUACACAGAAGAUCGGGGUAGGAUUGGCAGGAUUUGGUAUUUCUUUUCUAUUCCUUGGUGUAUUAUUACUCUUUGAUAAGGGUUUACUUGCUAUUGGAAAUCUAUUGUUUAUAUCGGGACUUGCGUGUGUAAUCGGGCCAUGGAGAACUUUAAAUUUCUUCUUUCAAAGACAUAAAAUGAAAGCCAGUGUCUCAUUCCUAGGAGGUAUUUUUGUAGUGCUCAUGGGCUGGCCCCUUGUGGGAAUGAUUUUAGAAACUUAUGGCUUUGUAUUGCUAUUUAGUGGUUUUCUACCAGUAGCAAUAAAUUUCCUUCGAAGGGUACCUUUAUUAGGAACUAUAUUGAAUAUGCCUGGUAUCAGUCGAAUUUUGGACAUAAUAGCAGGUGAUUCCAAUAGGACAACUGUAUGAUAAUUAUAUAAUUUAAAUGUUAACUUUAAAAAUAUCAACACAUUUUUGUUUAAAACUUGUAUAUAAAACAAUCAUAUAU